GUCCUCUCAUGGACCUGCGCAGUCAUCAUGGUCAAGUCUCAACGAAGCCAUUUACGACUAUUUACGACUACUUUCGCUGGAACUUGAUAGGACCUCAAGAAGAAAUCCUCAAUGGUCAGGUACUUCAGGAACACCGCCUCAAAUUUCAAUGCGAAAAAAAUGAUCAAAUGCGGCUAUAUAAGAGCUAGAUUAUCAGAUAAUUUUUCGUCCAUUAUCUGAUAACACUCCUCUCUCCCUCGUACUCUGAUCAGACUCGAACAACUUGCUCCGACUUGUUCGUCUAGAAUCUUCACUCGUUCGCCAUGAAUACGACGACAGAGCUCAAUCACGAUCAUUGCUCUUCCGACGAGUACAAUGAGAAGCAUAGUGCCAAGAGCGUAGUCGUCGCGGGGGAGGGUCAGACGGAGGGUUUAGCGAAGGUAGAGGCUGUUCAACGUGUCUGGGGACCCAAGUCUAGAAUCGCGUUCUGGGUGGGCAUUGCGCUCAUCUCAUAUGUUUACUCGCUAGACGGCGAAACAACCUACACCUACCAAACAUACGCGACGUCUUCGUUCAAUCAGCAUUCUCUUCUCGGCGCGAUUGCUACUGCUCAAGCCAUCAUCCUAGCAUGUAUGAAACCUGUCGCUGCCAAGAUUGCUGAUACCUUCGGCCGUGCGGAGGCGUUCACGUUCUUGGUGUUUUUCUACUGCCUAGGUUAUAUCCUUCUUGCCUCAUGCACUGACAUCAACACCUACGCCGCGGGUGGAAUUAUCUACUACGUCGGCUACUCAUGCUUGGAGAUUCUCAUUCAGAUCAUUAUUGGAGACGUCACAAACCUGCGAUGGCGUUCCCUCCUCUCCUCCCUCUAUUCGCUUCCAUUCCUCGUGAACUGGGCAGUAGCAUCUAACAUCUCCGCCGAUGUCCUCGCCCAAUCCGGCUGGAGAUGGGGCUAUGGUAUGUUCGCUAUAAUCGUCCCCGCCGCCGUUGCUCCCAUUACAAUCACCCUUUACUGGGCUCAACAUCGGGCGAAAAAGCUCGGUGUCGUGGCUACCAACAUCAACGACGCGACCGGAGAGGUCGAUGCGCCUCGAAUUGUUUCCAAUCAACCAUUCUUACUAAAAUUCUGGAACUUCUUGAUUGAUAUGGAUGCGUUGGGUUUAUUGAUUUUCGCGGCGGGAUGGGCUUGUUUAUUGGUCCCCCUCACUCUCGUUAAUGGUGCCUACACAACCUGGAAUUCGCCUAGUAUCAUUGCCAUGCUUGUCUGCGGUGGCGUCAUUCUUAUCGGGUUUGUCCCCUACGAAGCUUAUGUCGCCAAAAUACCGGUGUUCCCUCUGGCAUUCUUCAAGAACCCGACUAUUCUGUUUCCGGCGUUCAUUGGGUUCUUUGAUUUUGUGUCGUUCUACCUUCAAUACACGUACCAGUACAGCUUCAUUUUCGUCACAAGAGACUGGAGCACGGUCGACCAAAACUAUUUCGCCUACACUCAGACCCUGGCAUUAACAGUGUUCGGUAUUCUUACUGGCUUUGUCCAAGCCUACACUCGUCGUACCAAGUGGCUACUUACCCUUGGUCUCUGCAUCCGUCUUCUAGGCGUUGGCUUAAUGAUCAAGUCCAGAGGGGCUCAUGGAUCAACCGGCUUCCUUGUCAUUUGUCAAGUCCUUCAAGGUCUCGGAGGCGGUAUCGCUGCCUGUUCCUCACAGCUGCUCGCACAAGGUAGUGUGCGGCAUCAGGAUCUUGGAACGGCCACUGCGUUCGUACUGCUCUGGGCAGCUAUCGGGAACGCUGUAGGCUCUGCGCUUGCUGCUGCCAUCUGGAGGGAUUACAUGCCGAAGCAAUUGUCGCAGAAUCUCAACGGUCUUCUCAACUCGACGGAAAUCGAUACCAUUUACUCCAGUAUUGUCACCGCGGUGACAUACAGGUCUGAUGAAGCGGUUUACAACGGAAUCAUAACAUCAUACGACUACACGAUGAAAAUUCUCCUAAUCGUCGCAACGGUUGUUGCAGUCAUCCCUGUCGGGCUAUCGUUAUUCGUGAAGGAUAUGUAUCUUUCUGACAAGUACGUUGUUCAUUCAUUCUUGCAAUUCAUAUAUAGUUAACUGUUCCGUUAGGCACAACGACGUGGAGGAUGUUGACGCAAAUGGCGGUCCUGUUCACAGACCACAUACAUAUCAAAACGCAGCGAGCAUAGCACAUAUCAUAUCCUCUUCGCAUUGACAAUACAU